GUGUUUAUUAAUAUUGUGAGAUAGGCGCCUUACAGACAGUGAACCAGUAGUGAUAAGAGGGCAUUUGGUUUAUUAUCAACUGACUGAUAAAUAUCGGACAAUCGGGACGCAAUUUCCAUUCGAGACUUUGAAUGAAUUGGUUGUGUCAUAAUUAUUGAAAUCAGUUUUGUGAAGUUAAAAUGAAGGCUAUUGCUAAUCGAUCAGGAUCAUUGAUGGGAUCGGCCGACAAGCCGAGCAUGCAGCAGGCGGCCGCCAACGCGGGGUCGCACCUCCAGCACAUGUGCGCCCUCGACAUCGACUCCAAGGCUUCCUAUGUCCGCCUGUCGGGCAUCAUCUGUACCAUCGGGCCGGCUUCCCGGGACGUAGCCAUGCUGGAGAAGAUGAUGGAGACCGGCAUGAACGUGGCUCGCAUGAACUUCUCCCACGGUUCCCACGAGUACCAUGCGGAGACCAUCAAAAAUUGUCGCGAGGCUGAGAAGAACUACAGUGCUAAACUUGGCAUGCCCUUCUCUUUGGCCAUCGCUUUGGAUACCAAGGGGCCUGAGAUCAGAACUGGACUCUUGGAGGGCGGUGGUUCUGCAGAGGUGGAACUGAAGAAAGGCGAGACGAUCAACCUGACCACAAACCCAGCUUUCCAAGAGAAGGGCACCAAAGACACGGUGUACGUGGACUAUCAGAACAUUACCAACGUGGUCAAGCCGGGCAAUAGGAUCUUUAUCGAUGACGGUCUCAUCUCUGUCAUCUGCCAGUCUUCAACAGCUGAUACGCUGACGUGCACUAUUGAAAAUGGAGGUUUACUCGGCUCCAGGAAGGGAGUCAACCUACCCGGCCUGCCCGUGGACUUGCCGGCUGUAUCGGAGAAGGACAAGUCCGACCUUCUUUUUGGUGUUGAACAGGGGGUGGAUAUGAUCUUCGCGUCGUUCAUCCGCAACGGAGCCGCGCUGGACAACAUCCGCAGCGUCCUCGGAGACAAGGGGAAGCACAUCAGGAUCAUCUCCAAGAUCGAGAACCACCAGGGCAUGGUCAACCUGGACGAGAUUAUUGCCGCAUCCGACGGUAUCAUGGUCGCCCGCGGUGACCUGGGUAUCGAGAUCCCGCCAGAAAAGGUGUUCCUUGCUCAGAAGACCAUGAUUGCUCGCUGCAAUAGGGUCGGCAAGCCAGUUAUCUGCGCCACCCAAAUGUUAGAAUCCAUGGUUAAGAAACCACGUCCUACCCGCGCGGAAACAUCAGAUGUCGCGAACGCAAUUCUAGAUGGCGCUGACUGUGUGAUGCUCUCCGGAGAGACGGCCAAGGGCGACUACCCGCUGGAGUGCGUUCUGACCAUGGCUAAUAUCUGCAAGGAAGCCGAAGCUGCUAUCUGGCACAAGCAGCUCUAUAUCGACCUUGUCGGCGAGGUCGUGCCACCAAGUGAACCGGCCCACUCCACCGCUAUCGCCGCCGUCGGCGCUUCAGUCAACUGUCACGCCGCCGCCAUUGUAGUCAUCACCACCAGUGGCAGAUCAGCUCAUCUGCUGUCCAAAUACAGGCCAAGAUGUCCUAUCAUCGCAGUCACGAGACACCCACAGACAGCCAGGCAGGCACAUCUGUAUAGAGGAGUGUUGCCCAUUGUGUACCAAGAAUCUGCUGCCAGCGAUUGGCUGAAGGACGUCGACAAUCGCGUCCAAUACGGUCUGAAGUUCGGUCGCACGCGCGGUUUCCUGAAGACAGGCGACAACGUCGUGGUGGUCACAGGGUGGAAACAGGGCUCCGGAUUUACCAACACCAUGCGGGUUAUCCAAGUUGAAUAAAUUGAAAUGGACAGCGCACAACGUGUAAACUAAAUUUUACAAAAUAAAAUUAAAUGAUAAUAAAAACUGAUUUAUUUUUAAGUAUUAGCGCAAGAGCAAGUGAUAUAAACCCAGAUCUAUGUAUAGUGAUAAAUGGAUAGAAUUCAAAUGAAUUGUAUAAAUUUCUCUCGAAAUGCUAUUAGCUCUAGGAAUAUUUAUUUGUAUGAUAAGUUAUGAUACCGAGAGUAUUGUAAUGUUACUUGUUUGCAUAUGCAAUAAUAAAGUUUUUAAAAUGUA